GGCUCUUGUCUGGGGUUCUCAGGAGGGGAGAGUUGGGAGAGGCUUUGCUGCUGAAAAAAUUUAUUUGGUAGACUGAAGGUUUGAACAGAGCUACAGAACCGAAAGAGAGAAAUCCGUACAAGCCAAUGCUGUUCGGGAGGAAAAUAAUCCCAUUGCCUUGAGUUUGUAGGUGCCACUACUACUCUGGGAAAAUGGCAGAUGACGAAGAGUAUGAGGAGGUGGUGGAGUAUUACACAGAGGAGACAGUCUAUGAAGAUGUACCCGGAGAGACAAUAACACAUGUCUAUGAAACUACGACAACAAGGACUUCUGACUAUGAGCAACCGGAAACUUCCAGGCCAGCACUGGCACAGCCAGUCCCCGCAAAGCCGGUGGGGAGGAAGAAAGUUAUCCGAAAGAAGGUGGACACUUCAAAGUUCAUGACCCCCUACAUUGAACACAGUCAGAAAAUGCAGGAUCUCUUUAGCACAAAUAAAUACAAGAAGAAUUAUGAGAAAACAAAAGGACAGCCGUAUGCCAUCACAACUGAUACCCCAGAACUUCGCAGAAUCAAGAAAGUACAAGAUCAACUCAGUGAGGUUAAGUAUCGAAUUGAUGGCGAUGUGGCCAAAACGAUUUGUCAUGUAGAUGAAAAAGCAAAGGACAUUGAACAUGCAAAGAAAGUGUCGCAGCAAGUCAGUAAGGUUUUAUACAAGCAAGACUGGGAAGACACCAAGGAUAAGUACCUGCUUCCUCCUGAUGCCCCUGAACUUGUCCAGGCCAUCAAGAACACAGCCAUGUUCAGUAAGAAACUGUACACUGAAGACUGGGAAGCUGACAAAAGUCUGUUUUAUCCAUAUAACGAUAGCCCGGAGCUGAGGAGGGUCGCCCAAGCCCAGAAAGCUCUCAGUGAUAUUGCCUACAAAAAAGGUCAUGCUGAACAGCAAACUCAAUUCACAUCUCUGCCAGAUCCUCCAGAUAUAGAAUUUGCCAAGAAAGUAACCAAUCAAGUGAGCAAGCAAAAAUACAAGGAAGACUAUGAAAAUAAAAUCAAAGGCAAAUGGAGUGAGACACCUUGCUUUGAAGUUGCAACCGCCAGAAUGAACACUGCUAACAUUAGCACAAGGAAAUACCAGGAAGACUUUGAGACUAUGAAGGACCGGAUCUACUUCAUGCAGACUGAAACACCCGAGUACAAAGUGAAUAAGCAAGCUGGGGUGGCAGCUAGCAAGGUAAAAUAUAAAGAAGACUAUGAAAAGAAUAAAGCAAAAGCAGAUUAUAAUGUACUUCCUGCUACAGAGAACCCACUGCUCAAGCAGCUGAAGGCAGCAGGAGAUGCCCUGAGUGAUAAACUAUACAAAGAAAACUAUGAAAAGACAAAGGCAAAGAGCGUAAAUUACUGCGAGACCCCCAAGUUUAAGCUUGAUACAGUUCUGCAGAACUUCAGUAGUGAUACUAAAUAUAAAGAUUCCUACUUAAAGAAUAUUUUGGGACAUUACGUGGGCAGCUAUGAGGAUCCAUAUCAUACGCACUGCAUGAAAGUCGCAGCUCAAAACAGUGAUAAAAACUACAAAGCAGAAUAUGAAGAGGACCGAGGCAAAGGCUUCUUCCCCCAGACCAUAACUCAAGAAUAUGAAGCAAUCAAAAAACUAGAUCAGUGUAAAGAUCACACCUACAAAGUCCAUCCAGAUAAGACAAAAUUCACUCAAGUUACCGACUCUCCUGUUCUGGUACAAGCCCAAGUCAAUACCAAACAGCUGAGUGAUCUAAAUUACAAAGCAAAACAUGAAAAUGAAAAGUUCAAGUGCCAUAUACCUCCAGAUACUCCUGCCCUUAUCCAGCACAGAAUCAACGCCUAUAACCUGAGUGAUAAUAUUUAUAAGCAUGACUGGGAGAAGACCAAAGCUAAGAAGUUCAACAUUAAAGUGGAUGCCAUUCCCCUGCUGGCAGCCAAAGCCAACACAAAGAACACUAGUGAUGUGAUGUACAAGAAAGGCUAUGAGAAAAGCAAAGGGAAGAUGAUUGGAGCCCUCAGCAUUAAUGAUGAUCCCAAGAUGCUGCACUCUUUGAAGACGGCCAAAAACCAGAGUGAUAGAUUAUACAGGGAAAACUAUGAGAAGACGAAGGCAAAGAGCAUGAAUUACUGUGAGACCCCCAAAUAUCAACUUGAUACUCUGCUGAAGAAGUUCAGUGAGGCUAAAUAUAAGGAUUCAUAUGUACAGGAUGUUUUGGGACAUUAUAUAGGCAGCUUUGAAGACCCAUAUCAAAUACACUGCAUGAAAGUUUCAGCUCAAAACAGUGACAAAAGUUACAAAGCAGAAUAUGAAGAAGAUAAAGGGAAAUGCUAUUUCCCUCAGACAAUAACUCAAGAAUAUGAAGCAAUCAAGAAGCUAGACCAGUGUAAAGAUCAUACCUACAAAGUUCAUCCAGAUAAGACCAAAUUCACAGCCGUCACUGAUACUCCUGUACUGUUGCAAGCCCAGCUCAACACGAAACAGCUUAGUGAUGUGAACUACAAGGCAAAACAUGAAGGUGAGAAGUUCAAGUGCAACAUACCAGCAGAUGCUCCACAGUUUAUACAACACAGAGUCAAUGCCUAUAACCUGAGCGAUAAUAUUUAUAAGCAUGACUGGGAGAAGACCAAAGCUAAGAAGUUCAACAUUAAAGUGGACGCCAUUCCCCUGCUGGCAGCCAAAGCCAACACAAAGAACACUAGUGAUGUGAUGUACAAGAAAGGCUAUGAGAAAAGCAAAGGGAAGAUGAUUGGAGCCCUCAGCAUUAAUGAUGAUCCCAAGAUGCUGCACUCUUUGAAGACGGCCAAAAACCAGAGUGAUCAUGAAUAUCGUAAAGACUAUGAAAAGUCAAAAACUAUCUACACGGCACCUCUUGAUAUGCUCCAAGUCACUCAAGCUAAGAAAUCUCAGGCAAUUGCCAGUGACGUGGACUAUAAACACCCCUUACACAGUUAUAGCUACCCUCCUGACAGCGUCAACGUGGACCUUGCCAAGAAGGCUUAUGCACUGCAGAGUGAUGUGGAAUACAAAGCUGACUACAACAGCUGGAUGAAAGGGUGUGGCUGGGUACCUUUUGGGUCCUUAGAAAUGGAAAAGGCAAAGCGAGCUUCAGACAUUCUGAAUGAGAAGAAAUACCGCCAACAUCCAGACACUCUCAAGUUUACUUCGAUUGAAGAUGCUCCGAUUAUAGUACAGUCAAAAAUUAACCAGGCCCAGAGGAGUGAUGUCGCCUACAAAGCCAAAGGAGAGAAAAUUAUUCACAAAUACAGCCUGCCGGCAGACCUGCCCCAAUUCAUUCAGGCUAAAGUGAAUGCCUACAAUAUCAGUGAGAAUAUAUACAAAGCAGACUUGAAAGAUUUGAGCAAGAAGGGAUAUGACCUGAGAACUGAUGCAAUUCCCAUUAAAGCCGCCAAAGCUGCCCGGCAGGCGGCCAGUGACGUUCAUUACAAAAAAGAUUAUGAAAAAGCCAAAGGGAAAAUGAUUGGCUUCCAAAGCCUCCAGGAUGAUCCUAAACUGGUUCAUUAUAUGAAUGUGGCCAAGAGACAGUCGGACCGAGAGUAUAAAAAAGACUAUGAGAAGACAAAGACCAAACACAACACGCCCCAUGAUAUGUUCAACGUUGUGGCAGCUAAGAAGGCUCAAGAUGUCGCCAGCAAUGUCAACUAUAAGCAUUUGCUCCAUCAUUACACCUACCUGCCUGACGCCAUGGACCUGGAGUUGUGUAAAAACAUGAUGCACAUACAGAGUGAUAAUGCCUAUAAGGAAGACUACAACACCUGGAUGAAAGGCAUCGGUUGGAUACCUCUUGGCAGUCUGGAGGCAGAAAAAGUUAAAAAGGCGGGUGAUGCCCUGAAUGAAAAGAAGUACAGGCAACAUCCAGAUACCCUCAAAUUUACCAGCAUCGUGGACUCCCCAGUUAUGGUCCAGGCAAAACAGAAUACACAGCAAGUCAGUGAUGUCUUAUACAAAGCUAAAGGCGAAGAUGUGAAACAUAAAUAUACUAUGAGUCCUGAUCUUCCUCAGUUUCUCCAGGCCAAGUGCAAUGCUUACAAUAUAAGUGAUGUCUGUUAUAAACGAGACUGGCAUGAUUUAAUAGCCAAGGGCAACAACGUGCUCGGUGAUGCUAUACCCAUCACUGCAGCUAAAGCAUCAAGAAACAUUGCCAGUGAUUAUAAAUACAAGGAAGCUUAUGAGAAGGCAAAGGGAAAGCAAGUGGGUUUUAGAAGCCUCCAGGAUGAUCCCAAGCUGGUGCACUAUAUGAAUGUGGCAAAGUUGCAGUCCGAUCAUGAAUACAAGAAGAACUAUGAAAACACCAAAACCAGCUACCAUACCCCCAGGGACAUGGUUAGCAUUACAGCUGCGAAGAUGGCCCAGGAUGUUGCCACCAAUGUCAACUACAAGCAGCCGAUACAUCAUUACACAUACCUACCUGAUGCCCUGAGUCUUGAGCAUGCCAGGAACAUGAAUCAAAUUCAGAGUGAAAAUGUAUAUAAAGACGAGUACAACAACUUCUUCAAGGGCAUUGGCUGGAUCCCUCUCGGAUCUCUGGAGGUUGAGAAGGCCAAGAAAGCAGGCAAUGCACUAAAUGAGAGAAAGUACCGACAGCACCCGGACACCAUCAAGUUCACAAGUGUGCCCGAUUCCAUGGGCAUGGUUUUGGCUCAGCACAACACAAAGCAGCUAAGUGAUUUGAACUACAAGGUGGAAGGAGAGAAAGUGAAGCACAAGUACACGAUGGACCCCGAUGUGCCUCAGUUUAUUCAAGCCAGGGUCAAUGCCUUCAACAUAAGUGAUGCUCAUUAUAAGGCAGACUGGAAGAAAACUCUCACUAAGGGCUAUGAUUUGAGACCAGAUGCCAUUCCAAUUGUUGCUGCAAAAAGUUCAAGGAAUAUUGCUAGUGAUUUCAAAUAUAAGGAGGCCUAUGAGAAAGCCAAAGGCAAGCAAAUUGGAUUUCUCAGCCUUCAGGAUGAUCCUAAACUGGUUCACUACAUGAAUGUAGCCAAAAUACAGUCAGAUCGUGAGUACAAAAAGGGCUAUGAAGCCAGCAAGACCAGAUAUCACACAUCCUUGGACAUGCUCAGUGUGACUGCAGCCAAGAAAUCUCAGGAGGUUGCCACCAACACCAACUAUAGACAACCCUUCCACCACUACACCCUGCUGCCUGAUGCCUUGAAUGUGGAGCACUCCAGGAACGCGAUGCAGAUCCAAAGCGAUAACCUGUACAAAUCCGACUUCACCAACUGGAUGAAAGGGAUCGGCUGGAUUCCGAUCGAGUCGCUGGAGGUGGAGAAGGCAAGGAAAGCAGGAGAGAUUCUUAGUGAGAAGAAGUACCGCCAGCACCCAGAGAAGCUGAAGUUCACAUAUGCCAUGGACACAAUGGAACAAGCCCUUAACAAAAGUAACAAACUGAUCAUGAAUAAGAGGCUCUACACUGAAAAGUGGAACAAAGACAAGACUACCAUUCACGUGAUGCCUGACACUCCAGACAUUUUACUCUCGAGAGUAAACCAAAUCACCAUGAGUGAUAAACUGUACAAAGCUGGCUGGGAAGAAGAAAAGAAGAAAGGCUAUGACUUGAGGCCUGAUGCCAUCCCAAUAAAGGCUGCAAAGGCCUCCAGAGACAUCGCCAGUGAUUACAAAUACAAGCAAGCCUAUGAACAAGCCAAAGGGAAACAGAUUGGCUUCCGGAGCUUAGAGGACGACCCCAAGUUGGUGCACUUCAUGCAGGUGGCCAAGAUGCAGUCAGACCGGGAGUACAAGAAGGGAUAUGAGAAGUCUAAGACAUCCUUCCACACUCCGGUGGACAUGCUCAGUGUGGUGGCAGCCAAGAAGUCUCAGGAGGUGGCCACCAACACCAACUACAGGAAUGUGAUCCACACCUACAACAUGCUUCCUGAUGCCAUGAGCUUUGAAUUGGCCAAAAACAUGAUGCAUAUUCAAAGCGAUAAUGAGUACAAAGCUGACUACGCUGACUUCAUGAAGGGUAUUGGAUGGCUCCCUCUGGGCUCCCUAGAGGCUGAGAAAAACAAGAAAGCCACGGAGAUUCUCAGUGAAAAGAAGUACCGCCAGCACCCAGACACUUUGAAGUAUUCCACCUUGAUGGACUCAAUGAACAUGGUUUUGGCCAAGAAUAAUGCAAAAAUUAUGAAUGAACACCUCUACAAACAAGCAUGGGAGGCUGACAAGACUAAAGUUCACAUCAUGCCUGAUAUCCCCCAGAUUACUCUGGCAAAGGCAAAUGCAAUUAAUAUGAGUGAUAAACUCUACAAACUUUCUUUGGAAGAGGCUAAAAAGAAAGGCUAUGAUCUCAGAACUGACGCAAUUCCUAUCAAAGCUGCCAAGGCCUCAAGAGAUAUUGCAAGCGACUAUAAAUACAAACACAGUUAUGAAAAGGAGAGGGGAAAAAUGGUUGGUUUCCGUAGUCUUGAGGAUGAUCCCAAGUUAGUCCAUUCCAUGCAAGUGGCUAAGAUGCAGUCUGAUCGGGAGUACAAGAAGAACUAUGAGAAGACCAAGACCAGCUACCACACCCCUGCUGACAUGCUCAGUGUCACGGCUGCCAGGGAUGCCCAAGCCAACGUCACGAACACCAACUACAAGCACCUGAUCCACAGAUACAUCCUUCUUCCAGACGCCAUGAACAUCCAGCUGUCCAAGAAUAUGAAUCACAUACAGAGUGAUAACGAAUAUAAGCAGGACUACAAUGAAUGGUACAAAGGGCUUGGCUGGAGUCCAGCUGGUUCUCUAGAAGUGGAGAAGGCCAGGAAAGCAACUGAAUAUGCCAGUGACCAGAAAUACCGCCAGCACCCUAGCAACUUCCCAUUUCAGAAGCUGAUCGACUCCAUGGACAUGGUUCUUGCUAAGCAGAAUGCUCAUACCAUGAACAAGCACUUAUACACUAUUGAUUGGAACAAAGAUAAAACCAAGAUUCAUGUGAUGCCAGAUACACCAGAUAUUUUACAAGCCAAGCAAAAUCAAGCACAGUACAGUCAGAAACUCUAUAAACUUGGAUGGGAAGAAGCAUUGAAGAAAGGCUAUGAUCUCCCAGUUGAUGCAAUUUCUGUACAGGCGGCCAAAGCUUCAAGAGACAUUGCUAGUGAUUUUAAAUAUAAACAAGGCUACCGCAAGCAACUUGGCCACCAUAUUGGAUUCCGGAGUCUGCAAGAUGAUCCAAAGCUUGUGUUGUCCAUGAAUGUAGCCAAAAUGCAGAGUGAAAGAGAAUACAAGAAGGACUUUGAGCAGUGGAAAACCAAGUAUACUAGCCCAGUGGACAUGUUGGGAGUGGUGCUGGCCAAAAAAUGUCAGGACUUGGUCAGUGACAUAGACUAUAAGAACUACCUGCACCAGUGGACAUGUCUGCCAGACCAGAAUGAUGUUAUUCAAGCUAAAAAGGCUUAUGAACUACAGAGUGAGAAUUUGUAUAAGUCUGACCUUGAGUGGCUGAGAGGCAUAGGAUGGAGUCCCCUGGGUUCUUUGGAGGCAGAAAAGAAUAAACGGGCUUCAGAAAUCAUCAGUGAGAAGAAAUAUCGCCAGCCUCCAGACAGAUACAAGUUCACCAGCAUUCCUGAUGCCAUGGACAUAGUUCUGGCAAAGACAAAUGCCAAAAAUAGGAGUGACAGACUUUAUAGAGAAGCUUGGGACAAGGACAAGACUCAAAUCCACAUCAUGCCUGAUACACCUGACAUUAUUCAGGCUAAAGCAAACUUAAUUAAUACAAGUGAUAAACUCUACCGAAUGGGUUAUGAAGAGCUGAAGAAAAAAGGCUAUGAUCUUCCCGUUGAUGCCAUACCAAUCAAAGCAGCAAAAGCAUCUCGAGAAAUCGCCAGUGAAUACAAGUACAAGGAAGGUUUUCGCAAGCAGCUUGGCCACCACAUUGGAGCCCGGAACAUCGAAGAUGAUCCCAAGAUGAUGUGGUCCAUGCACGUGGCCAAGAUCCAGAGUGACAGGGAGUACAAGAAGGACUUUGAGAAGUGGAAGACCAAGUUCAGCAGCCCAGUGGACAUGCUGGGAGUGGUGCUGGCCAAGAAGUGCCAGACCUUGGUCAGUGACGUGGACUACAAGAAUUACCUGCAUCAGUGGACGUGCCUCCCUGACCAGAGUGACGUCAUCCAUGCUAAGCAGGCCUAUGACCUCCAGAGCGAUAAUUUGUACAAGUCAGACCUUCAGUGGCUAAGAGGCAUUGGCUGGUUACCUACUGGCUCUCUUGAGGAUGAGAAGAACAAGAGAGCUUCCCAGAUUCUGAGUGACCACAUUUACCGUCAGCACCCAGAUAAAUUCAAGUUUUCCAGUCUCAUGGACUCCAUCCCAAUGGUUUUGGCAAAAAACAAUGCUAUUACCAUGAACCAUCAUCUCUAUACAGAAGCUUGGGAUAAAGAUAAAACCACUGUCCACAUUAUGCCAGACACCCCUGAAGUUUUACUAGCUAAACAAAACAAAAUAAAUUACAGUGAGAAACUAUAUAAACUUGGCCUAGAAGAAGCCAAGAAGAAGGGCUAUGAUAUGCGGCUAGAUGCCAUUCCCAUCAGGGCGGCCAAGGCCUCCAGAGACAUUGCAAGUGAAUUCAAAUACAAAGAAGGCUAUCGUAAGCAGCUUGGCCAUCACAUUGGUGCCCGAGCAAUACAAGAUGACCCAAAGAUGAUGUGGUCCAUGCAUGUAGCCAAGAUCCAGAGUGACAGGGAGUACAAGAAGGACUUUGAGAAGUGGAAGACCAAGUUCAGCAGCCCAGUGGACAUGCUGGGAGUGGUGCUGGCCAAGAAGUGCCAGACCUUGGUCAGUGAUAUAGACUACAGGAACUACCUUCAUCAGUGGACGUGCCUGCCUGACCAGAGUGACGUCAUCCAUGCUCGUCAGGCCUAUGACCUCCAGAGCGACAAUACGUACAAGUCAGACCUCCAGUGGUUGAGAGGCAUUGGCUGGGUUCCCAUCGGCUCUUUGGAUGUGGAAAAAUGCAAAAGAGCAACUGAAAUUUUGAGUGAUAAAAUCUAUCGCCAGCCUCCAGACAAAUUCAAAUUUACCAGUGUGACAGAUUCUCUGGAACAAGUGUUGGCCAAGAACAAUGCCAUCAACAUGAACAAGCGUUUAUACACAGAAGCCUGGGACAAAGACAAGACCCAGAUCCACAUCAUGCCAGACACACCAGAAAUUAUGUUGGCAAGAAUGAACAAAAUCAACUACAGUGAGACUCUGUACAAACUCGCCAACGAAGAAGCAAAGAAGAAAGGCUACGACUUACGCAGCGACGCCAUCCCAAUCGUGGCGGCCAAGGCCUCCAGGGACAUCGUCAGUGACUAUAAAUACAAAGAUGGUUACCGGAAGCAGCUUGGCCAUCAUAUUGGUGCCCGGGACAUUAAGGACGACCCCAAGAUGAUGUGGUCCAUGCAUGUGGCCAAGAUCCAGAGCGACAGGGAGUACAAGAAGGACUUUGAGAAAUGGAAGACCAAGUUCAGCAGCCCAGUAGACAUGCUGGGAGUGGUGCUGGCCAAGAAGUGCCAGACCUUGGUCAGUGACGUGGACUACAGGAACUACCUGCACGAGUGGACGUGCCUGCCCGACCAGAGCGAUGUCAUCCAUGCUCGGCAGGCCUAUGACCUCCAGAGCGACAAUACUUACAAGUCCGAUCUCCAGUGGCUAAGAGGCAUUGGCUGGGUCCCCAUUGGGUCUGUGGAGGUGGUCAAGUGCAAGAGAGCUGCGGAGAUACUGAGUGACAACAUCUACCGCCAGCCUCCGGACAAGCUGAAAUUCACCAGCGUGACGGAUUCCCUGGAACAGGUGCUGGCCAAGAACAACGCCAUCACCAUGAACAAGCGCUUAUACACGGAGGCCUGGGACAAAGACAAGACUCAAAUUCAUAUAAUGCCUGAUACCCCGGAGAUCAUGUUGGCGAGGCAGAACAAGCUCAACUACAGUGAGACUCUGUACAAACUUGCCAAUGAAGAAGCAAAGAAGAAAGGCUAUGACUUGCGCAGCGAUGCCAUCCCGAUCGUAGCGGCCAAGGCCUCUAGGGACAUCAUCAGUGACUAUAAAUACAAAGAUGGUUACCGGAAGCAGCUUGGUCAUCACAUUGGAGCCAGGAACAUUAAGGAUGACCCCAAGAUGAUGUGGUCCAUGCAUGUGGCCAAGAUCCAGAGUGACCGGGAGUACAAGAAGGACUUUGAGAAGUGGAAGACCAAGUUCAGCAGCCCAGUGGACAUGCUGGGAGUGGUGCUGGCCAAGAAGUGCCAGACCUUGGUCAGUGAUAUAGACUACAGGAACUACCUGCACCAGUGGACGUGCCUGCCCGACCAGAGCGACGUCAUCCAUGCUCGGCAGGCCUAUGACCUCCAGAGCGACAACAUUUAUAAAUCAGAUCUCCAGUGGCUAAGAGGCAUUGGCUGGGUCCCCAUUGGGUCUGUGGAGGUGGUCAAGUGCAAGAGAGCUGCGGAGAUACUGAGUGACAACAUCUACCGCCAGCCUCCGGACAAGCUGAAAUUCACCAGCGUGACCGAUUCCCUGGAACAGGUGCUGGCCAAGAACAAUGCCAUCAACAUGAACAAGCAUUUAUACACAGAAGCCUGGGAAAAAGACAAGACCCAAGUCCAUAUCAUGCCUGAUACACCUGAAAUUAUGUUGGCAAGACAAAAUAAAAUAAAUUAUAGUAAGAAUCUCUACCGCCAGGCCAUGGAAGAAGCCAAGAAAGAAGGCUAUGACUUGAGAAGUGAUGCUAUUCCCAUUGUGGCUGCCAAGGCCUCCCGGGAUAUUGCCAGUGAUUACAAAUACAAAGAAGCUUAUCGUAAGCAGUUGGGUCACCAUAUUGGUGCCCGAGCGAUACAUGAUGACCCCAAGAUGAUGUGGUCCGUCCACGUUGCCAAAAUGCAGAGUGACCGUGAGUACAAGAAAGAUUUUGAAAAAUACAAGACAAGGUACAGCAGCCCAGUGGACAUGCUUGGUAUAGUUUUGGCCAAGAAAUGUCAGACCUUGGUCAGUGAUGUGGACUAUAAACAUCCUCUGCACGAGUGGAUCUGCCUGCCUGACCAGAAUGACAUCAUCCAGGCUCGGAAAGCUUAUGACCUCCAGAGUGACAAUUUGUAUAAGUCAGACCUUGAAUGGUUGAAAGGCAUUGGCUGGGUUCCAAUUGGCUCCGUGGAUGUAGUUAGAGCCAAAAGGGCCGGAGAGAUACUAAGCGAUAAUAUUUACCGUCAGCAUCCAGACGCGCUGAAAUUUACCAGCAUCACUGACUCUCCGGAGCAGGUGCUAGCAAAGACCAAUGCUAUAAAUAUGAAUAAGCGCUUAUAUACUGAAGCCUGGGACAAUGAGAAGAAAACAAUCCAUGUCAUGCCUGACACACCAGAAAUCAUGCUUGCCAAACUCAACCAAAUAAAUUACAGUAAUAAACUCUAUAAACUUGCUUUGGAAGAGUCCAAGAAGGAAGGCUAUGACUUGCGUGUGGAUGCCAUUCCAAUCCGAGCAGCCAAGGCAUCAAGAGAGAUUGCAAGUGAUUACAAAUACAAGGAAGGCUACCGCAAACAGCUUGGCCACCACAUUGGGGCCCGAAAUGUGAAGGAUGACCCAAAGAUGAUGUGGUCCAUGCACGUGGCCAAGAUCCAGAGUGACCGGGAGUACAAGAAGGACUUUGAGAAGUGGAAGACCAAGUUCAGCAGCCCAGUGGACAUGCUGGGGUUGGUGCUGGCCAAGAAGUGCCAGAUCCUUGUAAGCGACAUAGACUACAGGCAUCCCCUACAUGAAUGGCUCUGUCUGCCCGAUCAGAAUGAUGUCGUCCAGGCCCGGAAGGCCUACGAUCUUCAGAGUGAUGCUAUUUACAAGGCUGAUCUCGAGUGGCUGAGGGGCAUUGGGUGGGUGCCCAUUGGCUCUGUGGAGGUCGAGAAGGUGAAGAGAGCCGGAGAAAUCCUGAGUGAGAGGAAGUACCGCCAGCCUGCAGACCAGCUCAAGUUCACAAGCGUUACAGACACCCCAGAGAUUGUCCUGGCAAAGAAUAACGCCCUGACAAUGAGCAAGCAUUUAUACACAGAAGCCUGGGAUGCUGAUAAAACCUCCAUCCAUGUGAUGCCAGACACCCCAGAAAUCCUUCUGGCCAAGAGCAAUUCUGCCAAUAUCAGCCAAAAACUUUACACCAAGGGAUGGGAUGAAUCAAAGAUGAAGGAUUAUGAUCUGAGAGCUGAUGCUAUUUCCAUCAAAAGUGCCAAGGCCUCGAGGGACAUCGCCAGUGAUUACAAGUACAAAGAAGCAUAUGAGAAACAGAAGGGCCAUCACAUUGGAGCCCGGAGCGUUGAAGAUGACCCCAAGAUUAUGUGCGCCAUACACGCAGGGAAGAUUCAAAGUGAAAGGGAGUACAAGAAGGAAUUCCAGAAGUGGAAGACCAAGUUCACUAGCCCAGUGGACAUGCUGGGCAUCUUGCUGGCCAAGAAAUGUCAGACUCUGGUCAGUGACAUUGAUUACCGAAAUUACCUGCAUCACUGGAUAUGCUUACCUGAUCAAAACGACGUUAUCCAAGCAAGGAAGGCCUAUGACCUGCAGAGUGAUAAUGUAUACAAAGCAGACCUGGAUUGGCUGCGUGGCAUUGGCUGGAUGCCAGAAGGCUCAGUAGAAAUGAACAGAGUGAAGGUUGCUCAAGACCUAGUGAAUGAACGACUGUACAGGACACGCCCGGAAACCUUGAAAUUCACUUCCAUUGUCGACACACCCGACGUUGUCCUGGCAAAAGCCAAUUCUCUGCAAAUGAGUGAGAAACUAUAUCAGGAAGCCUGGAAUAAAGAUAAAGCCAACAUAACCAUCCCUUCUGACACGCCAGUCAUGCUGCAGGCCCAUAUCAAUGCCUUGCAAAUCAGCAAUAAACUCUACCAGAAAGCCUGGGAUGAGGCCAAGCAGAAAGGUUAUGACUUAAGAGCCGAUGCCAUUGAAAUCAAGCACGCCAAAGCCUCCAGAGAAAUUGCCAGCGAGUACAAAUAUAAAGAAGGUUACCGUAAGCAACUGGGACACCAUGUGGGUUUCCGCACCCUGCAAGAUGACCCCAAAUUGGUAUGGUCUAUACAUGCUGCCAAGAUCCAGAGUGACAGAGAAUACAAGAAAGCUUAUGAGAAGUCUAAAGGAAUUCACAAUACACCAUUGGACAUGAUGUCCAUUGUUCAAGCCAAGAAAUGCCAGGUCCUGGUUAGCGACAUUGAUUAUCGCAAUUACCUGCACCAGUGGACGUGUCUGCCAGAUCAGAAUGAUGUGAUCCAGGCAAAGAAAGCCUACGAACUGCAGAGCGAUAACGUGUACAAAUCAGACCUGGAAUGGCUGAAGGGUAUUGGAUGGUUGCCGGAGGGUUCCGUGGAAGUGAUGAGAGUAAAGAAUGCUCAGAAUCUCCUGAAUGAAAGGUUGUAUCGCACAAGGCCUGAGGCCCUCAAACACACCAGCAUUGUUGAUACCCCUGAAGUCGUCCUGGCAAAGAUCAACUCUGUGCAGAUCAGUGAGCCAUUGUAUCGUGACGCCUGGGAAAAGGAGAAGGCUAACGUGAACGUGCCAGCUGACACCCCGCUGAUGCUGCAGUCCAAAAUCAACGCAGUGCAGAUCAGCAACAAGCAGUAUCAGAAAGCUUGGGAAGACGUCAAGAUGACUGGUUAUGACCUGAAAGCAGAUGCCAUUGGGUUCAAGCAUGCCAAGGCUUCCAGGGACAUUGCCAGUGAUUAUCUAUACAAAACCACCUACGAGAAACAGAAAGGUCAUUAUAUUGGAUGUCGCACUGCCAAGGAAGACCCUAAACUGGUCUUUGCGGCCAAUGUGAUGAAGAUGCAGAAUGACAGGCUGUACAAAAAGGCGUACAAUGACCACAAGGCCAAGAUCACCAUCCCAGUCGACAUGGUGUCCAUCAAUGCUGCCAAAGAGGGCCAGGCAUUAGCAAGCGACGUGGACUAUCGGCAUUACCUACACCACUGGUCUUGCUUUCCUGACCAGAAUGAUGUGAUCCAAGCCAGGAAAGCCUAUGACCUGCAGAGUGAUGCCAUCUACAAGGCUGACUUGGAAUGGUUGCGUGGCAUCGGCUGGAUGCCCGAAGGGUCUCCUGAAGUAUUGAGAGUCAAAAAUGCCCAGAAGAUCCUACUAGACAGCGUCUAUCGGACACCUGUGGUGAAACUCAAGUACACGAGCAUCGUUGAUACACCUGAUGUUGUCCUUGCUAAGUCAAAUGCUGAAAAUAUUAGUAUUCCAAAGUACAGAGAACUUUGGGACAAGGAUAAAACUUCAAUCCACAUAAUGCCAGAUACUCCAGAAAUCAAUCUCGCUAGAGCCAAUGCUCUUCAUGUGAGCAAUAAAAUUUACCGCAAAGGUUGGGAUGAGAUGAAGAUGAGCUGCGAUGUGCGGCUGGAUGCCAUCCCCAUCCAGGCUGCCAAGGCCUCCAGGGAGAUUGCCAGUGACUAUAAGUACAAGCUUGACCACGAGAAGCAGAAGGGACACUACGUGGGUACCCUCACAGCCAGGGAUGACAACAAGAUCCGCUGGGCGCUCAUAGCUGGCAAGAUCCAGAAUGAAAGAGAGUACCGGCUGCACUGGGCCAAGUGGAAGUCUAAGUUCCAGAGCCCUGCGGACAUGCUUUCCAUCACGCAUUCUAAACAAAGCCAGGAUCUGGUCAGCGACAUUGAUUAUCGCAAUUACCUGCACCAGUGGACGUGUCUGCCAGAUCAGAAUGAUGUGAUCCAGGCAAAGAAAGCCUACGAACUGCAGAGCGAUAACGUGUACAAAUCAGACCUGGAAUGGCUGAAGGGUAUUGGAUGGUUGCCGGAGGGUUCCGUGGAAGUGAUGAGAGUAAAGAAUGCUCAGAAUCUCCUGAAUGAAAGGUUGUAUCGCACAAGGCCUGAGGCCCUCAAACACACCAGCAUUGUUGAUACCCCUGAAGUCGUCCUGGCAAAGAUCAACUCUGUGCAGAUCAGUGAGCCAUUGUAUCGUGACGCCUGGGAAAAGGAGAAGGCUAACGUGAACGUGCCAGCUGACACCCCGCUGAUGCUGCAGUCCAAAAUCAACGCAGUGCAGAUCAGCAACAAGCAGUAUCAGAAAGCUUGGGAAGACGUCAAGAUGACUGGUUAUGACCUGAAAGCAGAUGCCAUUGGGUUCAAGCAUGCCAAGGCUUCCAGGGACAUUGCCAGUGAUUAUCUAUACAAAACCACCUACGAGAAACAGAAAGGUCAUUAUAUUGGAUGUCGCACUGCCAAGGAAGACCCUAAACUGGUCUUUGCGGCCAAUGUGAUGAAGAUGCAGAAUGACAGGCUGUACAAAAAGGCGUACAAUGACCACAAGGCCAAGAUCACCAUCCCAGUCGACAUGGUGUCCAUCAAUGCUGCCAAAGAGGGCCAGGCAUUAGCAAGCGACGUGGACUAUCGGCAUUACCUACACCACUGGUCUUGCUUUCCUGACCAGAAUGAUGUGAUCCAAGCCAGGAAAGCCUAUGACCUGCAGAGUGAUGCCAUCUACAAGGCUGACUUGGAAUGGUUGCGUGGCAUCGGCUGGAUGCCCGAAGGGUCUCCUGAAGUAUUGAGAGUCAAAAAUGCCCAGAAGAUCCUACUAGACAGCGUCUAUCGGACACCUGUGGUGAAACUCAAGUACACGAGCAUCGUUGAUACACCUGAUGUUGUCCUUGCUAAGUCAAAUGCUGAAAAUAUUAGUAUUCCAAAGUACAGAGAACUUUGGGACAAGGAUAAAACUUCAAUCCACAUAAUGCCAGAUACUCCAGAAAUCAAUCUCGCUAGAGCCAAUGCUCUUCAUGUGAGCAAUAAAAUUUACCGCAAAGGUUGGGAUGAGAUGAAGAUGAGCUGCGAUGUGCGGCUGGAUGCCAUCCCCAUCCAGGCUGCCAAGGCCUCCAGGGAGAUUGCCAGUGACUAUAAGUACAAGCUUGACCACGAGAAGCAGAAGGGACACUACGUGGGUACCCUCACAGCCAGGGAUGACAACAAGAUCCGCUGGGCGCUCAUAGCUGGCAAGAUCCAGAAUGAAAGAGAGUACCGGCUGCACUGGGCCAAGUGGAAGUCUAAGUUCCAGAGCCCUGCGGACAUGCUUUCCAUCACGCAUUCUAAACAAAGCCAGGAUCUGGUCAGCGACAUUGAUUAUCGCAAUUACCUGCACCAGUGGACGUGUCUGCCAGAUCAGAAUGAUGUGAUCCAGGCAAAGAAAGCCUACGAACUGCAGAGCGAUAACGUGUACAAAUCAGACCUGGAAUGGCUGAAGGGUAUUGGAUGGUUGCCGGAGGGUUCCGUGGAAGUGAUGAGAGUAAAGAAUGCUCAGAAUCUCCUGAAUGAAAGGUUGUAUCGCACAAGGCCUGAGGCCCUCAAACACACCAGCAUUGUUGAUACCCCUGAAGUCGUCCUGGCAAAGAUCAACUCUGUGCAGAUCAGUGAGCCAUUGUAUCGUGACGCCUGGGAAAAGGAGAAGGCUAACGUGAACGUGCCAGCUGACACCCCGCUGAUGCUGCAGUCCAAAAUCAACGCAGUGCAGAUCAGCAACAAGCAGUAUCAGAAAGCUUGGGAAGACGUCAAGAUGACUGGUUAUGACCUGAAAGCAGAUGCCAUUGGGUUCAAGCAUGCCAAGGCUUCCAGGGACAUUGCCAGUGAUUAUCUAUACAAAACCACCUACGAGAAACAGAAAGGUCAUUAUAUUGGAUGUCGCACUGCCAAGGAAGACCCUAAACUGGUCUUUGCGGCCAAUGUGAUGAAGAUGCAGAAUGACAGGCUGUACAAAAAGGCGUACAAUGACCACAAGGCCAAGAUCACCAUCCCAGUCGACAUGGUGUCCAUCAAUGCUGCCAAAGAGGGCCAGGCAUUAGCAAGCGACGUGGACUAUCGGCAUUACCUACACCACUGGUCUUGCUUUCCUGACCAGAAUGAUGUGAUCCAAGCCAGGAAAGCCUAUGACCUGCAGAGUGAUGCCAUCUACAAGGCUGACUUGGAAUGGUUGCGUGGCAUCGGCUGGAUGCCCGAAGGGUCUCCUGAAGUAUUGAGAGUCAAAAAUGCCCAGAAGAUCCUACUAGACAGCGUCUAUCGGACACCUGUGGUGAAACUCAAGUACACGAGCAUCGUUGAUACACCUGAUGUUGUCCUUGCUAAGUCAAAUGCUGAAAAUAUUAGUAUUCCAAAGUACAGAGAACUUUGGGACAAGGAUAAAACUUCAAUCCACAUAAUGCCAGAUACUCCAGAAAUCAAUCUCGCUAGAGCCAAUGCUCUUCAUGUGAGCAAUAAAAUUUACCGCAAAGGUUGGGAUGAGAUGAAGAUGAGCUGCGAUGUGCGGCUGGAUGCCAUCCCCAUCCAGGCUGCCAAGGCCUCCAGGGAGAUUGCCAGUGACUAUAAGUACAAGCUUGACCACGAGAAGCAGAAGGGACACUACGUGGGUACCCUCACAGCCAGGGAUGACAACAAGAUCUGCUGGGCGCUCAUAGCUGGCAAGAUCCAGAAUGAAAGAGAGUACCGGCUGCACUGGGCCAAGUGGAAGUCUAAGUUCCAGAGCCCUGCGGACAUGCUUUCCAUCACGCAUUCUAAACAAAGCCAGGAUCUGGUCAGCGACAUUGAUUAUCGCAAUUACCUGCACCAGUGGACAUGCAUGCCUGACCAGCAAGACGUGAUUCAGGCCAGGAAAGCCUAUGACCUGCAAAGCGAUGCUAUUUACAAGGCUGACUUGGAAUGGUUACGUGGGAUUGGGUGGAUGCCAAAUGAUUCUGUUUCCGUCAAUCAUGCCAAACAUGCUGCAGAUAUCUUCAGUGAGAAAAAGUAUCGCACAAAAAUAGAGACUCUCAACUUUACUCCUGUUGAUGACAGAGUUGAUUAUGUAACAGCAAAACAAAGCGGGGAAAUCCUAAAUGAUAUUAAAUAUCGAAAAGACUGGCACGACACCAAGUCAAAAUACACCCUCACAGAAACCCCACAGUUGCACGCUGCCCAGGAGGCAGCUCGGAUACUGGACCAGUAUCUCUACAAGGAAAGCUGGGAGAAACAAAAAGCCACAGGUUACAUUUUGCCUCCAGAUGCUGUGCCGUUUGUUCAUGCCCAUCACUCUAGUGAUGUUCAGAGCGAGCUGAAAUACAAAGCUGACCACGUAAAGCAGAGAGGUCAUUAUGUUGGUGUUCCGACGAUGAGAGAUGAUCCUAAACUGGUUUGGUUUGAGCAUGCGGGCCAGAUUCAGAAUGACAGACUAUACAAAGAGAGCUAUCAUAAAACAAAGGCCAAAGUCAAUAUACCUCCUGAUAUAGUGUCAGUGGUAGCAGCCAAGGAGGGACAGAGCCUGGUCAGUGAUAUUGAUUACCGCCAUUACCUGCACGAAUGGAUAUGUCACCCUGACCAGAAUGAUGUUAUUCAGGCAAGGAAGGCCUAUGACCUACAGAGUGAUAAUAUCUACAAAUCAGACCUGGAGUGGCUCCGAGGCAUUGGCUGGAUCCCUCUGGAUUCUGUGGACUAUGUGAGGGUUACCAAGAACCAGGAAAUGGUGAAUCAGAUAAAAUAUAAGAAAGAUGCUCUUGCCAACUAUCCUAACUUUACAAGUGUGGUAGAUCCUCCAGAAAUUGUUUUGGCCAAGAUUAAUGCAGUCAACCAAAGUGAUGUAAAAUAUAAAGAAACAUUUAAUAAAUUAAUAAAGGGCAAGUAUAUAUUUUCUCCAGAUACACCAUAUAUCACCCACUCCAAAGACAUGGGAAAACUCUACAGCACCAUACUGUAUAAAGGGGCGUGGGAGGGAACCAAGGCCUAUGGCUAUACCUUGGACGAACGCUACAUUCCCAUUGUUGGAGCCAAGCAUGCCGACUUUGUGAACAGUGAGCUUAAAUACAAAGAGACAUAUGAGAAGCUGAAGGGUCACUACCUGGCUGGAAAAGAAAUCAGUGAGUUCCCCAGCGUGGUUCACUGUCUGGAUUUCCAAAAGAUGAGGAGUGUGUUGAACUACAGAAGACAGUAUGAGGACACCAAAGCAAAUGUUCACAUCCCCAUUGAUAUGAUGAAUCACGUGCUGGCUAAAAGGUGCCAGUACAUCCUCAGUGACCUGGAGUACCGACACUACUUCCACCAGUGGACGUCCCUUCCAGAAGAACCCAAUGUCAUUCGGGCCCGAAAUGCCCAGGAGAUCUUGAGUGAGAACGUGUAUAAAAAUGACCUGAAUUGGCUGAAAGGCAUUGGAUGCUACGUUUGGGAUACACCCCAGAUCCUCCACGCCAAGAAAUCAUAUGACCUCCAGAGCCAGAUACAAUACACGGCAGCAGGGAAAGAAAAUCUACAAAAUUAUAACCUGGUCACAGAUACACCGCUUUACGUGACUGCUCUUCAAAGCGGCAUUAAUGCCAGCGAGGUGAAAUAUAAAGAAAAUUAUCAUAAGAUAAAAGACAAAUAUACAACAGUUCUAGAAACAGUGGAUUAUGACAGAAUCAAGAAUCUGAAGGACAUUUAUAGCAGUAACCUGUACAAGGAGGCCUGGGAUAAAGUGAAAGCCACCAGCUACAUCCUGCCUUCCAACACCAUGUCCCUGACACACGCCAAGAACCAGAAGCAUCUGGCCAGCCACAUCAAAUAUCGGGAAGAAUAUGAAAAAUUCAAAGCUCUUUAUACUUUACCCAAAAGUGUUGAGGAUGAUCCGAACACAGCUCGGUGCCUCCGAGUUGGCAAGUUUAACAUUGAUCGCCUGUACAGGUCAGUUUAUGAGAAGAACAAGAUGAAAGUCCACAUAGUGCCUGACAUGGUAGAGAUGGUUACCGCUAAGGAUACUCAGAAGAAAGUCAGCGAGAUAGACUACCGCCUACACCUCCAUGAGUGGAUCUGCCACCCCGACUUGCAAGUCAACAGCCACGUCAGGAAGGUCACAGACCAGAUCAGCGACAUUGUGUACAAGGAUGACCUCAACUGGCUGAAAGGCAUUGGUUGCUAUGUUUGGGACACUCCUGAGAUUCUCCAUGCCAAGCAUGCUUAUGAUCUACGCAACGAUAUCAAGUACAAAGCUCACGUGAAGAAAACAAGGAAUGACUACAAGUUGGUUACUGACACCCCCGUCUACGUCCAGGCUGUCAAAAGUGGGAAACAACUAAGUGAUGCCGUCUACCACCAUGACUACAUACACAGCGUCAGAGGCAAAGUGGCUCCAACCACAAAAACCAUGGAUUUGGACCGAGCUCUUCAUGCGUACAAGCUCCAGAGUGAGAAUCUGUACCGGAAAGUUGGCCUGCAGUCCCUGCCCACUGGGUAUAGGCUUCCAGUCGACACCCCUCACUUCAAACACACCAAGGACGUCCGAUACAUGAGCAGCUAUUUCAAGUACAAAGAAGUUUAUGAACACCUCAAGGCAUAUGGGUAUACACUUGGACCCAAUGAUGUCCCAUUUGUCAAUGUUCGGAGGGUCAACAGUGUUACCAGUGAGAGACUGUACCGACAGUUGUACCACAAACUGAAAGACAAGAUCCACACAACCCCCGACACGCCUGAGAUCCGCCAGGUCAAGAAGACACAAGAGGCUGUCAGCGAGUUGAUUUACAAGUCAGACUUCUUCAGGAUGCAAGGCCACAUGAUCUCGAUGCCAUACACACCCCAAGUGCUCCAUUGCCGCUACGUGGGAGACAUCACCAGUGAUAUUAAAUACAAAGAGGACUUGCAGAUCCUGAGGGGUCUGGGCUGCUUCCUGUAUGAUACUCCUGACAUGGUCCGCUCCCGGCACCUGCGGAAGCUCUGGUCUAACUACCUAUACACUGACAAAGCAAGGAAGAUGCGAGACAAGUACGAAGUGGUGCUUGACACCCCAGAAUACAGAAAAGUGCAGGAACUGAAGACACAUCUGAGUGAGCUGGUGUACAGAGCUUCAGGCAAGAAGCAGAAGUCAAUCUUCACUUCCGUUCCUGAUACUCCAGAUCUUUUAAGAGCCAAGAGAGGGCAGAAGCUUCAGAGUCAGUAUCUGUAUGUUGAACUUGCCACCAAAGAGAGGCCUCAUCACCACGCUGGAAACCAGACCACGGCCCUGAAGCACGCCAGAGACGUGAAGGACAUGGUCAGUGAGAAAAAGUACAAGAUUCAAUAUGAAAAAAUGAAGGACAAGUACACUCCGGUUCCGGAUACACCAGUCCUCAUCAGAGCCAAGAAGGCUUACUGGAAUGCCAGUGAUCUACGCUACAAAGAAACAUUUCAAAAGACCAAAGGGAGAUACCACACUGUGAAGGAUGCUCUAGAUAUCGUGUAUCAUCGCAUAGUCACCGACCACAUCAGUAAAAUAAAAUACAAGGAGAACUACAUGAGCCAGCUGGGAAUCUGGAGAUCCAUUCCUGAUCGCCCAGAGCAUUUCCAUCAUCGGGCAGUCACUGAUGCAGUCAGUGAUAUAAAAUACAAAGAAGAUCUGACCUGGCUUAAAGGCAUUGGUUGCUAUGCCUUUGAUACCCCAGACUUCACUUUGGCUGAAAAGAACAAGACUCUCUACAGCAAGUAUAAGUAUAAAGAGAUAUUUGAAAGGACGAAGUCAGAUUUCAAGUAUGAAGCUGAUUGUCCAAUCAAUAGGCAUUUCAAGUUUGCAACUCAAUUGAUGAAUGAGAAAAAAUACAGAGCUGAUUAUGAGCAGCGGAAAGAUAAAUACCACCUGGUAGUGGAUGAGCCUAGACACCUGCUGGCUAAGAUCGCAGGCGACCAGAUCAGUCAGAGAAAAUAUAAGUCUAGUGCCAAGAUGCUUCUGAAACAAGGAUGUAAUGAAAUUCUGCGUCCAGAUAUGUUGACUGCCCUCUACAACACACACAUGUGGAGCCAGAUCAAGUAUAGGAAAAACUAUGAAAAAACAAAGGACAAGUUUACCUCGGUUGUGGACACUCCAGAACACCUGCGUACUACAAAAGUCAACAAGCAAAUCAGUGAUAUACUGUACAAGUUGGAAUACAACAAGGCCAGACCCAGGGGCUACACCACAAUCCACGACACGCCCAUGUUGCUGCACGUCCGAAAGGUCAAGGAUGAAGUCAGUGAUCUGAAAUACAAAGAAGAUUACCAAAGAACUAAGUCCAAUUGCACCAUUAAGCCAGAUGCUGUUCAUAUCAAAGCAGCCAAGGAUGCCUACAAAGUCAACACCAAUCUGGACUACAAGAAGCAGUAUGAAGCCAACAAAGCCCACUGGAGGUGGAUCCCCGACCGUCCAGACUUCAUCCAGGCUGCCAAGUCAUCCCUGCAGCAAAGCGAUUUUGAAUACAAGCUGGACCGAGAGUACCUCAGGGGUUGCAAGCUCUCUGUCACUGAUGAUAAAGACAUGGUGCUGGCCCUGAGGAAUUCCAUAAUAGAAAGUGACCUGAAAUACAAAGAGAAACAUGUCAAGGAAAGAGGAACCUGCUACGCUGUGCCCGAUACUCCUCAGAUCCUUCUGGCAAAGACUGUCAGCAAUCUGGUGUCCGAGAACAAGUACAAGCGCCACGUGAAGAAGCACUUGGCCCAGGGCUCAUACACAACCCUGCCCGAGACCCGGGACACCAUCCAUGUCAAGAAAGUGACCAAGGAUGUCAGUGACACAAAUUACAAGAAGAAGUUUGUCAAGGAGAAAGGGAAAUCCAACUACUCCAUCAUGCUGGAGCCCCCAGAGGUGAAACACGCCAUGGAGGUGGCCAAGAAGCAGAGCAAUAUCGCUUACAAAAAAGAUGCCAAAGAAAACCUGCAUUACACCACAGUGGCCGAUCGGCCAGACAUCAGGAAGGCCACUCAGGCAGCCAAACAGGCCAGCGAGGUGGAGUAUAGAGCCAAGCACCGCAAGGAAGGCAGCCAUGGGCUGAGCAUGCUCGGUCGCCCAGACAUUGAAAUGGCCAAGAAGGCAGCCAGGCUGAGCAGCCAGAUUACAUACCGAGAAAAUUUCAACAAAGAGAAGGGCAAGACACCAAAGUACAAUCCAAAAGACAGCCAGCUUUACAAAACCAUGAAAGAUGCUAAUAAUCUCGCAAGUGAGGUAAAAUAUAAAGCUGACUUGAAGAAACUUCACAAACCUGUGACUGACAUGAAGGAAUCUCUGAUAAUGCAUCAUGUCUUGAAUACCAGCCAACUCGCCAGUUCUUACCAGUACAAGAAGAACUAUGAGAAGAGCAAGGGCCACUACCACACGAUACCUGAUAACCUGGAGCAGCUUCAUCUAAAAGAGGCCACAGAGUUACAGAGCAUAGUGAAAUACAAAGAGAAGUAUGAAAAGGAGCGAGGAAAGCCCAUGUUGGACUUUGAAACACCAACAUACAUCACCGCCAAAGAGUCUCAGCAGAUGCAAAGCGGGAAAGAAUAUAGGAAAGAUUAUGAAGAGUCCAUUAAAGGCAGAAACCUGACUGGCCUGGAGGUCACGCCAGCUUUAUUACAUGUCAAAUAUGCAACCAAAAUAGCCAGCGAGAAAGAGUACAGGAAGGACCUAGAAGAAAGCAUCCGUGGGAAGGGGCUCAGUGAAAUGGAAGACACCCCCGACAUGCUAAGAGCAAAGAACGCCACUCAGAUCCUCAACGAGAAAGAAUAUAAGAGAGACCUGGAGCUGGAAGUCAAAGGAAGAGGCCUGAAUGCCAUGGCCAAUGAAACUCCCGACUUCAUGAGAGCCAAGAAUGCCACAGAUAUUGCCAGUCAGAUUAAGUAUAAGCAAUUAGCAGAAAUGGAAAAAGCCAAUUUCACUUCUGUGGUUGAUACUCCGGAGAUCAUUCAUGCCCAACAAGUCAAGAACCUUUCAAGCAAGAAAAAGUACAAAGAAGAUGCAGAGAAGUGCAUGUCAUAUUAUGAGACUGUUUUGGACACCCCAGAGAUGCAAAGGGUCCGGGAGAACCAAAAGAACUUCAGCCUUCUCCAAUACCAGUGUGACCUUAAAAACAGUAAAGGAAAAAUUACAGUUGUUCAAGACACGCCAGAAAUACUGCGUGUUAAAGAAAAUCAAAAGAAUUUCAGCUCGGUUUUGUACAAAGAGGAUGUCUCACCAGGAACGGCGAUUGGAAAGACACCUGAGAUGAUGAGAGUGAAGCAAACCCAGGACCACAUUAGCUCGGUGAAGUAUAAGGAGGUGAUUGGACAAGGAACCCCCAUCCCGGACCUGCCUGAAGUGAAGCGCGUCAAGCAGACACAGAAACACAUCAGCUCGGUUAUGUACAAAGAAAACUUGGGAACAGGCAUUCCAACCACUGUCACUCCAGAGAUUGAGAGAGUCAAACGCAAUCAAGAGAACUUUAGCUCGGUUUUGUACAAAGAAAAUUUGGGGAAAGGAACCCCAACAGCUAUCACUCCAGAGAUGGAGAGAGUCAAACGCAAUCAAGAGAACUUUAGCUCGAUUUUGUACAAAGAGAACUUGAGCAAGGGGACUCCCCUCCCUGUCACUCCUGAGAUGGAGCGAGUCAAGCGCAACCAGGAGAACUUUAGCUCGGUGUUGUAUAAAGAAAACCUCGGGAAAGGGAUUCCAAUUUCCAUCACUCCAGAGAUGGAGAGAGUCAAACACAAUCAAGAAAACCUUAGUUCGGUGCUAUACAAAGAAAACCUGGGCACAGGAAUUCCAGUCUCCAUCACUCCAGAGAUGCAGAGAGUCAAACUCAAUCAAGAAAAUUUUAGCUCGGUGUUAUACAAAGAAAACAUGGGCAAGGGAACCCCUUUACCUGUCACUCCAGAGAUGGAGAGAGUCAAACACAAUCAAGAAAAUAUUAGCUCGGUUUUGUACAAAGAAAGUGUGGGGAAAGCCACCCCAACCCCUGUCACUCCAGAGAUGCAGAGAGUCAAACGCAAUCAAGAGAACAUUAGCUCGGUACUAUACAAAGAGAACCUGGGGAAAGCCACCCCUACACCCUUUACUCCUGAGAUGGAAAGAGUCAAACGCAAUCAAGAAAACUUUAGCUCGGUACUAUACAAAGAGAACCUGGGGAAAGCUACCCCUACACCCUUUACUCCUGAGAUGGAAAGAGUCAAACGCAAUCAAGAAAACUUUAGCUCGGUAUUGUACAAAGAGAAUAUGAGAAAAGCAACUCCGACACCCGUCACUCCUGAGAUGGAGAGAGCUAAGCGCAACCAAGAAAACAUUAGCUCGGUGCUUUAUUCUGAUAGUUUCCGGAAACAAAUACAAGGCAAAGCUGCCUAUGUCUUGGACACACCAGAGAUGAGACGGGUAAGGGAGACCCAACGCCACAUCUCAACGGUGAAAUAUCAUGAGGACUUUGAGAAACACAAGGGUUGUUUCACACCAGUGGUGACGGACCCGAUCACUGAACGAGUGAAGAAGAACACACAGGACUUCAGUGACAUUAGCUACCGGGGUAUUCAGAGAAAAGUGGUGGAAAUGGAACAAAAACGGAAUGACCAGGAUCAGGAAACUAUUACAGGUUUACGUGUCUGGCGUACAAAUCCUGGCUCAGUUUUUGACUACGAUCCAGCAGAAGACAACAUUCAAUCCCGAAGCUUACACAUGAUUAAUGCGCAAGCCCAGCGCCGGAGCCGGGAGCAGUCUCGAUCUGCCAGCGCGCUGAGCAUCAGCGGAGGCGAGGAGAAGUCCGAGCAUUCAGAAGCUGCCCGCCUCUCCACCUACAGCGAUGGGGGUGUCUUCUUCUCUACAACCUCAGCAGCUUACAAACAUGCAAAAACUACAGAGCUCCCACAGCAACGAUCAUCUUCAGUUGCCACCCAGCAGACAACAGUGUCCUCCAUCCCAUCUCAUCCAUCCACGGCCGGAAAAAUCUUCCGUGCCAUGUACGACUAUAUGGCUGCUGAUGCAGACGAGGUGUCCUUCAAAGAUGGAGAUGCUAUCGUAAAUGUUCAAGCUAUUGAUGAAGGUUGGAUGUAUGGCACUGUGCAGAGGACUGGCAGGACCGGCAUGCUCCCAGCCAACUAUGUUGAAGCUAUUUAGGCACUUCAAAGCAUCACUCCUGUCUUCAGGACCUAAAAGUCCUGCCAUCAGAAGUUCACUUUAGACUCUCCACUAUUGCCCAAGUUCUCAAGCUGCCUAAUGGUUUUUGUAUCAGUAUGAUUUAGGGUUGUACCAUCCCUUAAUUUGUUUCUAUAUGUACCCCAAUAAUUCUCCAGUAAAACAGAAGUUAGUAUCACUAAUCUGUCCAAUUAUUAAACUAGACUUUCUUCAUUAUCUUCUGAACUUGCACAUAAAACUUAAGAGACAUUAAACCCA